CCCGCCCGGGCUGGGGAAGACGCCUCCUCCCGCUCCUCCGCCUCCAUUUUCCCGCGCGCUCCUUUUGCCCAGAUGCCCGCCGCCUCCUCCUCCUGCAGCAGCCGCGGGUGACUUCUGCGUGGGAAAGCAGGAGCGCGGGCGGGCACGCGAGGCGGCGAGCACGCGCGCGCUCCCCGGACCUGCGAGAGGCUUUCCCUCAGCCUCGCGCUGAGCUCUCCUUUUGGCUCGCGCUCCUCCCGCCUAUGGAGGGGACGCUGUGAGCUCCUCAGCGGCUGCAGCGAGCGAGCGGCGGCGGCGCCAGUAGCUGAAGCGCCCGCAGUCGUCCUCCGCUCGCCUCAGCCCAGGCCCCUUCCUCGCGCUCGCCCGCUGCCCGUGGGCCAGCCAUGUCCUACCCUCAGGGCUACCUCUACCAGCCCCCGGGCUCGCUGGCGCUCUACUCGUGCCCGGCUUACGGGGCGUCGGCGCUGGCGGCGCCCCGGAGCGAAGAGCUGGCCAGGUCGUCUUCGGGCUCGGCGUUCAGCCCUUACCCCGGAUCCGCCGCCUUCACCGCCCAAGCGGCAGCCACCGGCUUCAGCAGCCCGCUCCAGUACUCCACAGACCCGGCCACGGGAUUCCCCUCCUACAUGGGCUCCCCUUACGAUGCCCACGCGACGGGCAUGAGCGGGGCCAUCAGCUACCACCCUUACGGUAGCCCAGCCUACCCCUACCAGCUGAACGACCCCGCUUACCGAAAGAACGCCACGCGGGAUGCCACGGCCACGCUGAAGGCCUGGCUGCAGGAACACCGCAAGAACCCCUACCCGACCAAGGGCGAGAAGAUCAUGCUGGCCAUCAUCACCAAGAUGACCCUCACGCAGGUCUCCACCUGGUUCGCCAACGCCAGGAGGAGGCUCAAGAAGGAGAACAAGAUGACCUGGGCGCCGCGCAACAAGAGCGAGGACGAGGACGAGGACCUCGACGCCGGCGGCGGGAUCCGCAGCAAGGAAGAGGCGCCGUCGGACAAAGGCCGCGACAGCAACGAGACGUCGGCCGAGGAUGAAGGUGAGGGAGGAACAGGCUGGUUUCGUGGGGCAGGGAGGCAGAUCAUGGGCCUGCAUGGAGCCCUGCAGCCCGACCCUGUGCAGGUCUACCUCGGAGUUCAGUGGGGCUUACUCGGAGGGAUCAGCUUGCAGGUGGACUCGCUCACCGACCACUCCUGCUCGGCCGAAUCGGACGGCGAGAAGGCCCCUUGCGGCGCCGGGGACCCGCUCUGCGAGUCCGGCUCGGAGUGCAAGGACAAGUACGAGGAGAUCGACGAGGACGAGGACGACGUUGAGGAGGAGGAGGACGACGAGGAGGAGGACGACGACGAGGAGGAGGCGGCGGACAGGGGUCUUCCCGCCAAGCCCGUCACCUCCUCCCCUCUCACCGGGGUCGAAGCCCCUCUGCUGGGUCACCCGCAUGCCGAGGACUCCGCGCGCAACGCCAACAAAGCCGCUUUGGACGCCCGUAUGGCCCCGACAGCUGCUUCGCAAACCACGCUGGCGAGCAAGCCCAAGCUGUGGUCGCUGGCGGAAAUCGCCACCUCGGACCUUAAGCACCCUCAGCACCCUCAGCACCACCACCACCACCCUCACCACCCGCACAACCUGGGCCAGAGCUGCCAGCCGUCGGUGCCGCCGUCUUCCACCCCGCACAACGCUGCCUACUCGCCCUCCUCUCUCCUGGGGAGGCAUAUUUAUUACACGUCGCCUUUUUAUAGCAACUACACAAACUAUGGGAACUUCAACGCCCUCCAGGGUCAGGGCAUCCUGAGGUACAACUCGGCGGCAGUGGCCUCCAGCGAGGGGCUAAGUCAGACGGUCUUAAGCAGCGGCGGUGGAGGCGGCAGCUCCGCGCACAAGCAGGGCUCGGAGAACUCUUUGAAAACCAUCGCGAGCCACCUAGAACAACAUUACAAGCCUUCCAAUCCAGACUCCAAAAAAGACCCCACUGAAGUGUGCACAGUAGGAAUACAACCAUACCUAUAGAAGUGCAAUCACACAGCAGCCAGGCAAGUAGGUGUCACAAUUGCUUUGAGAAAAGUCAACAAGCCAUCAUCUCUCCCCAAGCUAAUCUAUCUCUAUCUCUAACAAAAUUCUAAAUCCGGAUCACAUCUUGUGCCACUGUAUAAAAGAAGACCACAGAGCACUAUUAAAUCUACAGACUCUCUCUAAUUGUUAAACCAGAAUUUUACUGGACAUUAUGUGAGUUUACUGGUAUAGUCUAGUUCUCCCCAAUGUAUAUGUGACUUAAAAGGAAAGAAUGAAUGAAAGAAAGAAGCAAAUCUGUUUUUUCUCAGGAUAUCUCGAAUUGAUCAGCUUAUUGCCACGGUAUAUAUAUAUAUAUCUAUAUAUAUCUAUAUUCUGUAGGUGUGAUAGGAUUUAUUGUACAAACACUUUGUAAAAGAUACAUACAGUAGCAAUUAAUUAAAGAAACCAUGACUGAAGAACUUGAGUACUUACAAAGUGGAAACAAAUUUGAUAUUUAUUUUUGUAAUGAUAUAAGAGCUUCUAGUAAUUUAUGCAAGUUGUAUUGCAACGGAAUCCCAACUCUUUUGUAAAUAAAUUAUGCCUGGUUUUUAUUUGAGACAUUGAUGGUUAUACAAUCUCUCGUUGUUUAACGAGAAUUCUUUACUAAUUUAUAUCUUUAAUUGUAAAUAAAAACAGAUUAGUCUACAAUAAGGUGGUGGCCUUUUUUUGUUCAUUUUUAGUAUUUAUCUUUUUUGUAAUUCAUGAUAAUUUAUAAAAUAUCACUGUUACAGUUGCCUAAGGUAACUUCUUAAAUAUUUAAAAUAUAUUUAGCAAUGUGGCUAAUUAAACCUGUUGAACAUAUAUAUUGCAGGACAAUAAAAACCUUCAGUGUGAAUCUGUUGCACUGGACUAUAUACAAUUUACAUUUUUAAAAAAGAUUACUAUUGUACAUCCUGUUGUAUUUAGUGAUAGCAUUCUUAAUUCAAAAUGCCAUAUUUACUUGCACCAUAAGUGAAGAUUUGUGUUUCAUUUUUAUCAAGAGAUACAAAGCACUUGAAAGUAAAAAAAAAAUAGAAAACUAUCCCACCCCCUAUAAAAAUAUAUAACAAUAAUGUGGUAAUCACUUAUGAGAUUCACCAUUAGGUUUAAAAAAUAGCUAAACCAUCACUUCAAUCCCCCCCCAAACAAAUAAUGAGAAUUCCCUUAUAAUAUAAUUUCAAUAAGGAGACAAACAACCAUUUAUUUUCUCCCUCAAAGAUAAAUUGAGUGAAUAUAACUUACGGUUAUAAAACAAGAAUAAUAGCUUCUUAGAUUGCCCUUUAAUCAAUCAUACACUUAUUUUUCAAGAGGCUCAUCUAUUUUAUUCCAUGAUUAAUAAUGUUCCAGCGUGAGAGCAUUAUUAGAUCCCAGCAGGGGAGAUCCUGGGUGCUUUUAGCUGCUUUGGAACGGUCAGUUGGGGUUCAUUACGGGCUGAUAUUGAACAAUUUAUAAAAUCUUGUCUAAACAUCUGCCAGCUCAGAUAGGCCGAUGUGUCUGAAGAUGGGAAAUUGCUCGACCAGUUGAUAUUGACAAACGGGGCUCUCUCCAGUGGCUUUUUGUUCGCUGAAAAUUAGUGGCCUCCUGCUCAGGGGCUUGUUAGAAAGGGCAUUUGAAAGUGAUCUUAGAUACUUCAGGGUUCGGCCUGGGGAAUGUUAACUGGAUAAAGAGUGGAAUCUGUGUGCAUGUCUGUGGUGUAAUUACAGACGGUUACCUACAGCUUAUGUUGUUACCGGAAUGUAUUUGGUUAUCAUCAUCAUCAACAACAACAACAUCGUCAUCAUCACCUUCCCCCUAAGUACACAAAGUAGCCUAACCAACAGACAGCUCUCUUGGGCCGGUGGCUGCCUUGUCUGUCUGUCUGUGUCUGUCUGUGUCUCUCUCUCUCUCUCUGUGUGUGUAGAAAGCAACAUUUAAUAAUAAUAAUAAUUUUAAAAUAUUCAUUCACUACAUUGCAACCCUAAAAUCACCCGUUGAAGUUUUCACUGAUGUCACCAGAACUGAGUUCAAAGUAAAUAUUUUGGGAUAAUAAUUUAGCACAGUUUUGGAUGUUGCUCCAGCAAUCAUGGGGUCUAUUUAUCUGAGUGAUUCAGGCCUCCCCCUCUCCCACCCCCAGAGCUAUUCCCAAGUCGGUGUAGACUUCCAACCCAUUCCUAAGGUGUUUCUUCUUUGCAGCAAAACUGACAUAAACCAAAUCUGUUUGCCUGCCUCAUUUAUCUAAAAAAAAAAAUCUUCCCAUCUAUACUUUUGAUUUCUUUAGUUAUGAUUAUGAGAUACUUUAUAUGUGGCAUUUCAAAUUUCUCAGUGCAGAAUGUUAAGAGGAUCAGUCGAGGGCAGGGGGCAGUUCUCCUGUGCAAGCCUCACUUGAAACGAACCACGCUUUUCCUUUAGGUUUCCCCGCGAGUACUCUUGCCCACGCCCCGUUCAUUUCGAUGGGGCGUGCGCAGGAGAACUUCCCUGGCGA